UUCUCAAUAAUGUGUCACAUAGCCUGAAGAUUUCAUUUUUAGCAGUUAUUACACAUCUACAAUCAUCACAUACUAUCAUGGCAAGCAAUGCAUUCAAGUGCCGGGUCUUGCUGCGCCAACUCCCUGCAGCUGCCGUGGGGAGGGGCUGGUGUGCCAUGCCAAGCCUCGCUCAAGUGUGUGCUGAUGCUGGCAGUGUGAAGUGUGAAGUUUUGGAUGCUGGGGCUGCCUCCUCAGCCCCUGAAGUUCCAAUUGAGAACAUCAAGGAGGAGCUGUUGGAUGCAAUGGAGAUUAUAAGUGUAAAGGAUGAACCAUUCAAUUAUGAUGAAAAGGCCCGUGAGCUCCCCAGCCCUGGUUGUUGGGACCCGCCAGUCCCUCCUGCCCCGCUGUGUGUGCCCUGCAAGAGGGAAGCACCAAGUGAGGCUCAUGAGGCUCCCCACGCCCCCCAACAACCCUCAGCCAUGGCAGGGGUGACAGAAAAACAGAUGCCUCGUAAAACGGCAUCUGGAACGAAGAAAAAGAUGCUGCACAUGCCAGCGAUUCGUCGGCAGCGAUGGACCGGAGGCAGGGAGCAGCAGGCGGGUCAGGCUGCGGCCCAGGCAGAGGCAGUGGAGGAGGCCGCCGUCACCAUGGCGGAUGCAACCACGCAGGUCGAGGCCGCGACGGCCAACGCUCAAGAAGACGAGGAGAACCUGACGAGGGACGACGUCGACUUGGCAUUACCAUAUGAGCAGGAGCAUAGUCACGUGCCGUACCGCGAGUCUAAGGUAACUCAACUGCUGCAGACAUCACUUGGCGGUAGCGACGAAGACCUUGAUGAUGGUAAACUAGAAUGA